CUAUUCUUGGUGUUGUUUGGCAACCGAGAAAGCGAGAGAAAACGGUGUGAAAGUUUAACGCUCAUGGAGGAGAAAUUCAAGUAUCUUUCGCUCAUCGGAGCUGGAGCUCUUCUCGGCUCCGUCUCUACCGCUGUUCUGCUAAAACUUCUCUCCCGGCAAGUCGCUCUCCUCAUAAAUUUACGAACAGUAUUGCUGUCAUUGGCAGGGAAUUGCGAGUCUGAAACAACUGGUAGUGCCUCCGGGUUUCGAGUAGCUGGUCAGGAUAUUUUGGCAGAUGAAAUAGUUUCUGAACAUCUAACCAGGAAUAUCCAGUUUUUUGGCCUUGAAUCUCAACGUAAAGUAACUGGAUCUUAUGUUGUGGUCAUCGGGCUUGGAGGGGUAGGAAGUCAUGCUGCAUCCAUGCUCUUGAGAUCUGGAGUAGGGAAGCUCCUCCUCGUUGACUUUGACCAGGUGUCACUUUCAUCAUUAAAUAGACACGCUGUUGCGACGCGAGCAGAUGUUGGUAUUCCAAAAGCCAUAUGCCUCAAGAAGCAUUUCUCUUUGAUCUUUCCCGAGUGCCAUAUAGACGCGAAAGUUCUUCUAUAUGAUUCAUCAUCCGAAGAAGAAAUUCUUUCAGGCAAUCCGGAUUUUGUUCUGGACUGCAUUGAUAACAUUGAUACGAAGGUGGCCCUUUUGGCUGCAUGUGUUAGGAGGGGUUUGAAAGUUCUCUCUGCAACUGGUGCUGGUGCAAGAGCUGACCCAACAAGAAUCCGAGUAGCUGAUUUGAGAGAGUCCAUAAAUGAUCCAUUAUCUCGAGCUGUAAGACACCGAUUGAAGAGAGAUUAUGGGAUCGAAGGCGGCAUUCCUAUUAUGUUUUCCUUGGAGAUACCUAAAGCAAAGCUUCUUCCGUUUAAAGGGUCAAGUGGAGAAGAAGAGAAUCCUUCAGAUUAUCAAAUAGUUCCUGGGUUUCGUGUUCGCAUAAUUCCUGUCCUUGGCACCAUCCCGGCUAUUUUUGGACAAAUAAUGGCUUCCUAUAUUAUCACGCAACUUGCUGGUGUUCAAGUUAACAUGGAGCCUGUUGUGAAUCUCGAUUUGGAUCAUUACAGAAUGCUUCAUCAACGCCUCAUUGAGCAUGAGGAAUCCGUCUAUGGGACAUCUGCCGAAGUUCAGGUGGAUGCGGAGGAAGUCAUGUACAUAGUAAAAGAGUUGUGGCAUGGACGAAGUGCUCGAGAAGAGUCUGCCAAAGAUGUCGGCCGAGGAAUGUGGCGUGCCAUUAACGAGCUGAUGCUAGUAAGAUGGGAUGCAAAGAAACCGGCCACAGUGUGGAAUUUGAUCCUUUUGAAGUUCAAGGAGGCGGAUGAACACGAGGGCAGUAGUGUUGAUGAAGUGGAAGAAAGGGAGCCGGAGUUUUUCGCCAAGGUUUCGGCCGUGCUAAAGAGGGCACAACUCCACUUCUCCCUUUAAAUUUAUGUUAACUGUUUCAGAUUUUUUUAUUUAUUUUUAUUUUACAGCUCGCUCUUUAUCCGAAUAAGAGCUAGGUUAUGUUUUCUCUGUUCCUAAGUCCGAUAUGCUCUUCUUCUUGGACAUCUGCCGGGAAAGGUGAAUCCGACCGAAACUAUCAUAUGUUAGUUCUUGUUCUUGAGUUCGAUUGAUUCGGAUUUAAGAAAAUGUUACAGAAGGAUCUGAUACGAAUAUAGUGAUGGAUUUGGUUAA